UCAGUGUCAAGUGAACCUCUGCAAAGGUGAAAAGGGAGUAGACUCCCGUGCAGCUUUGUGGUCUAAGUGGAUACCUUUCGUGUGGAAUAUCUUUGCAGGAAUUUGAAAGGAUGAAAGAAUGAUCUGCUCAGCGGUACCACUCAAGGGCGACGAAGAAUUAAUAUAAAAUGUUCGUAAUCGAAAGAUGACAUUGCAAAAUUGUCCAGCACCGGCUGCAUACCCCAAACAGCUUCGUGAGUGGGCAAAGAUCAUUUGAGAAAAACGCAUACAAGACUAUAUAGCUUGAAAACCUCCGAGAAUAUAUAGAAGAGUAAAGUACCUUGAGAGACAAAUGCGUUGCAGUGUUAGUGUUGAAGCUACUGAUAAGUCUUCAUAUAUUUUACGCUACUACAAAAAAAAUCCAGUUUUUUAAUCAGCAAACCUCGCAACUCGAAGACAUCUUGAUAUAAAAAUAAAAAAUCGAAAACUAAUUCGAACGUAGAGUACAAACUUGAAGCCUCAAAACCCAAAGAAGUCUGUCCAAAAAUAAAACAACUAUCCAAAAAAAGCAACCGUUAUAGUCGCAAAGAUGACCAGAGCCACCGUCAACAUCUCCACCCUGUACUCCUCGGCGCAAUGCGUCCUGUCCGUCGUAGGAUCCGUAGGGGUGAUCCUGCUCUUCGCGGGCAUCCCGCAGCUCAUCUACUCCCCCACCGUGAGCGUGGCCAACCUCAUGACGUUCCUGCUGGGAGCCAUUCUCAUCACGACGAUGGUCGCCGGGAACUCCUUCCUCAAUUACAAGUACCGGAAGUUCACGAGAGCUGCGCAGCAGCAACAGCGCGACAGCAACACCGCAGAAACCGCAGCGGCAUCGCAAGGCGAAAUGGAAGACAAACCUCCCAGCUACGAGGCCAUCCUGAGCUCCGACGGCCUCCCUCCAGACUACUUCUCCGUCCUCAAUGAAAAACCUCCCAAAUACGAGGACAUCGCCUCCGGCCUCUUCAACACUGGCUCUUUCAUGCCUGCGGUGCCUCUAGACGUGGAUACCACUACGUUAAGUAAUACGGACCGCCCUUACUCAACCGAGGGCGUGGCGGACCCUCAGGUUAGCCAGGCGAAAGGAGGAGCGACGGAAAGCACCCAGGGUGAAAUUGACACCACGACGUCCCCCGUAUUGAAGAAGGAAGAUCCGACCGAAGUGACGACAGAAGUGGCGACGGAGAGUCCACCGGAAAACGUCACGCACAUUGCGAUAAGCCACGACACAACCGCCCCGAGCACCGCGCAAGAGGAAGACGACGGCCUUGCGGUCACCACCCCGUCAGAGCGGUCGCAAGAUACAACAGUCACCGUAGAUCUGAGAGAGGGCUCCUCCACGUCACUCGACUUGCGGGAGUCGGAAUCCUGAAGACGGGCGGGGGACAUUGAGUGACGUGCCAAUUCAUUCUCUGAAAUGGUUCUGAAACUGUAAAACGUUUUAUGGACCUCUUUGACAUCAGCGUUGCAUUAUUCAAUGUGUUCUCCUGAACUCAGGAUAUUUCUUGAAGGGGACGCGAUCUGAAUGAGCUAGUCGAGUGUGGUCGUUUUACCAAGUACUACCGUUGUAAAUAACUUUAAAAACAGUUUCUUCUAAAUGGCCAGUGCGUGUAUUGGCUUACAGCUUAAGCUAAGACAUGAGGACAACUGAAUGGAAACAAUGUGCUUGUGUCUUACCUGGAAGUGGAUGUUGUCCGUAACGUCGUGAUGGAUGAUUGAAUGGAAGGUUUCAAGUGAACAAGCAUUUAUCUAUACACUAAAUUAUUGCUUAGGUUUAAGGACGUUCAUUGGAAGAGAGAGAGAGAGAGAGAGAGAGAGAGAGAGAGAGAGAGAGAGAGAGAGAGAGGGAUGCAAAGCAGCCAACUAUUUUAAUAUAGGAUACUGAUGAACGCAUUUAUCAGGCGACGUCUGCGUCAAGCACGCAAUGGAGAUAUUGCGGUUCAUUUAAACACUUUGUCAACCCAUCGAUUCAAAUCCACAAAACAACUAAAAUAAAGCUCCGGAUCUCCAGUGAUUCAGAGAACUGAGCUCAAGUUUCCCCCAAGUACUUGGGUCAUGCUCCACGAAUGUAGUAUGCCCCUAACGUUGUAUGUCCCAUCUCACGUGGAGCCACGCUUCUAGUCCAUUAUUCAUAAUAUAACGCACCUUGUUUACGAGGUGCGUUCUUUUUUUAUUAAAUAGCCUCGCCGAUAACGAAAAGGAAAAAGGUGGAAAUUUUAUGGUAAAUAAGGAAUUACCCAGAGCUAUUUUUAAAUGCAGUUAGCUGAUAAUCAAGAAUUUGUAAAUAAUCGUUGUCCGUUUUUUAACUGACUAAAUUUUACCAUCACCGAAAAAAACAAAUACGAUCUGGUAAUUAGUAUAUUGUAUUCGUUAUGAAAAAUUAAUUUCCUCCCCUUCAGUAUUCCACAUAUUCACCCAGAGAAUCACUAUUACGAAAGAAAAAUAAAAUGUAAAAUGAAAAAUGCUUACGGUGGGGUAAAGCAUAAGAAUAAAUUCUGAUGAACACCGCAUGUGCUUGUAUGUAUAUUUGUUUGCACAGGAUAUAUUAUACUGUGUGAAGGCAAACGUCCACAUCUGUAACACAUGUACUUAGAACGCUUAAGUAUGUUGGAAAUUAUGUACACUCGCUCUUUGCAUGUACAUGUGCUUGCACGUUUUAACUCUCAGUGCAAUGUGGGGAAUAACAUGCAUAUAUAAUGUAACAAAAACUGAAGAAUAUAUACUAAUAUAUAUAUAUAUAUAUAUAUAUAUAUAUAUAUAUAUAUAUAUAUAUAUUGUGAUAAUUUAUAAUAACGUGGAGAUCGACGUAAUUAAAUCUGAAGAUGAGGUAAUACCCAUAUGCCUGUACAUAUUCACGUGAGUGCAAUUGAUAAAUCAAUAAGAUUUUUUUUAUUAUAUUAAUAAUAAUUAUUGUUAUUGUUUGACAAGCGUCAAUGACUUGGUUCAAGUAAAUUCCCACAUACACAUGACAAACCAAAGGACUCCCUUAAUUAAAAAUAUAAAUCAUCACUGUAUCCUGGGCUCACUUUCCCUCUUAUAAUGCCUGUAGCUAUAAAAUUAUUUUAUAAAAUACCUAUUCAUAUCACAAAUUGAUGAUGUGAUGCAAUAUAUCUGGUUCAGAACCGGUUGUGAUAUCUUACCUAAUUUAAGGAUGUUUUAUUUACUUGUGAUAAAAUUGACUUUUGUAAAUAAAAUCUUUUUUUGUACUAAA